AUGAACACGUCAUCACUUAGGGUAGCGAAGGACCAGCUUCGCUUGUCAAUGAAAACUAGGCUCAAGCUCUUGUCAAAUGAUGCUAUAGCAUCUCAGAGUUCCCAGGUAUUCGAUGCCUUGUUGACGUUCCGGCCCUAUAUCAAUGCUAAGAGCGUUGCGAUUUACCUCUCAAUGCCUGGUGGAGAGUUGCAGACUGACUCCAUUGUCAGGCAUGCUCUGUCUUCAGGCAAGCAAGUAUUCAUUCCCUAUCUACACAAGUCCGGCUUGCAACCCAGUGACGGACCCGCAAGACUCAUGGACAUGGUGAGUCUGAAGGGUAUAGCAGACUACGAGUCACUCCAACGGGACAAGUGGGGCAUUCCAAGUGUUGACGCUGCCACCGUGAGUCAACGGAAACGAAGCGUGGGGGAGCUCGGCGGAGACAAAUCCGAAGAUGCGGCGCUAGAUCUCAUCCUUAUGCCUGGAGUUGCAUUCGACAGAGAUCCAAUAUCUGGAACAGUUCGGAGACUUGGUCACGGGAAAGGGUUUUAUGAUUACUUCCUGCAUCGAUAUGCUAUGGCGGCGGCCGAGGCAGACAAGGCCUCGAAUGGCCGUCCAACUGUAUUGCUCUAUGCGCUAGGCUUGAGAGAACAGUUCCUCUCACCAACAUCUGGAGAGUCGGUCCCUGUCGGUCCUCAUGAUCAACCCAUAGAUGGCGUCUUACUUGGCGAUGGUGAAAUCAUAGAAUCGUCGACCGAGACGACGUAG